CAUGUAUUAUUUGUCUAAUGCUUAUUUGCAGUAUUAAUACUAAAAAAUGUACUUAGAAUUGAAUUAUACACGAAAUAUCCUGUAUUCUAAAGGCUAGUUUUGAAGUACUACAAUGCUACACUACUUGCUGAAAAUGUACAAACAUCAAUUUCAAAAUUCUUUACUAAAAAAAAAGUCACCAAUACUAUUGCAAAAUGGCUACAGAUAAUACACCUAUAGUUCUAAAACAAUCUCUUAAUGAUACUUUUUCAAAUAAAGUUUUUAAAAAGUUGUCUAAAGUAGUAGCUAUUAUAAUUAUAAUUGCACUUCUUAUUUACUACUAUUGGAAAUUUACAAGAAUCGUAUCUGAAAAUGAAGAUUCAAGAAUUAGUAUACUUCUAUACAUGACGUAUGUAACUUUAAAUAUAACACUGAUCGUAGUAUGUUUCUUCAAUAUUUUUAUGGGACAUGAUAUUUAUAAAAAUUUUACAAAAAACAUUGCAUACGUAGAUUUUCUAUCAAAAGAUCUAGAAUUGAGUUACAAAGACAGUUUACUUACAUACAUCAAUUUCAAGGCACUUUUACUCAUCAGCACAACAACAGCCAGUUACAUAAUACUUUAUUAUUUAGCAUUAAAUGAAAACGAUUUCCCAUCAGUUGAUUUUACUGAAAUGGUUUGUAUACCUAUAGUUUGGAUACUUAUACUUCAAAUAAAUGCUAAAUUAAAUCAAUUGUCAAAACGAUUCAACUAUAUAAAAAACAUACUAGAAUCAUAUAUGGAAAAAUCGAAGAGUGUUUAUUGGAUUCAAUGGUAUACAGUCAAACCAAAGGAGAUAACUAUACUAAACCGUAUGCAUUUAUUCACAUACAUAUCAUUUACAGAAGUUUGUUCAUAUUACAACAUUCAACUAUUGGUACUAGUACCUAGAGUCAUAUUUUUUAACGUAUUGCCAGUUCAUUAUAAUAUAGUUACAGCACUCGUAGCUGAUGAACGUAAUGCAUCACAUAAAUGGACUCAAAUGUUCACUUUAUCGGUAAUUAUUCUCACAAUAUGGCCAAUUAUUCAUCUGGUAAAAUGUACGAGUAAAACCUUUGAAAAAGGAGCACAAAUAACGCAAAUAAUACAUAAGUUGUUGGAUAAGGGACAAAAACAAGAUAUUGAAGAUGAACUAUAUUUAUUUUCUGAACAACUAUUAAAAAGACCACUAGAAUUUUCAGUAAAAGGAUUUUUUUUAAUUAAGCCUUCACUUGUUGCUUCAGUAUGUAUAGUUCUUAAAUGUAUGACUAGAGUGUAUAAAAUAAUUAUAAUUUUAUAAAUUUUAGAUGAUGGAGUUGAUUAUUACAUAUGUAAUAAUUCUCUUGCAAUUUCAAGAUUCAUUAAAAUCUAUAUCUCCAGCUCAAUUUUUAGUUAAACCAAGACUUGGUUGAA